AUGACCGACCUAUCCAAAACCGUGAUCGUUCUGAUCAAUCCUUACAACGAUUUCCUCCAUCCUGAUGGCAAGCUAACUCCCUUCCUCAAAGACCUCGAGGAGAAGGAAACUGUCAAGCACAUGAAAGAGCUAGUUGCCACACAAUGGACUCCGAACAGCUUUCAAGACUGGCGACACAUGACUCCCAACAAUGUCAAGCAGCAACGCAUUCAGUUCUUUGAAGAAGGAACCUUUGGCUCUCAUAUAUAUGAAGGUUCGUUCCAAAACACUGAUUUGGAUUUCCAACUACGUCAGCGUGAGAAGUCUCAUCUUGUUCUCGCCGGCUUGACUGCCAAUACGUGCCUUGAGGCUACUGCACGUCAGGCUUUUGAGUUGGGUUAUAAUGUGACAUUACUAAAGGAUGCAACUGCCGGGUACUCUAAGGAGCUCACAGACGCGGCGUCGGAUUUGGUCUGGCCUUUGUUCUCCACAGUCACGACUGUGAAAGAGUUUGAGAACACUCUUAAUAGCACGGAGCAUCGCUAG